AUGCGCUUUCUGCUCGUGUCCUCGAUUAUAUGGGUAACGAGCCAAGCAGCGAUGAAGACAGACUUGUACGUCUGGCUCGAGCAGAAUAGCUAUAUCUGUGAUCUUUCUAUGAUGGGUGGUCCGCAUUUUCUCUCCCCAGAGGAAUCGAAGCAGUUUGCCUGCGAUUGCGGUGAUCCACUGAUAAGCAAAUCAGCUUGUUCUCGAAGUGCCAAAGAGAUCCCAGUGUGUCGUGAAAUACCCGAUUUAUGUAUGAAAGAGUACAUUAUUAUUUUCACUGAAGUUGGGGAUAGACUUGCGGAGCCAUUGACUACCCGAGCAUCAACCACUACGACUGAAGCACCCUCAACCACCACAGUGGUAGCAACUACUAUCAGAGGAUUGUCAACGCAGAAUCGACAACCUACUUUCCGUCAACUGACGAGAGUCCCAGAGAGAAGAUCCUCAAGAAGGGAGUUCCUGUUCAGAAAGAGGAUUCCCACUACAACAUUUUCGCCGACUAGGAGAAAAAUGUUCACACUACCGAAUCGUUUCCUCACUCGGCGACCGCCGCGACCGGGUCAACGACCACAGCCUCGAAUCCUGCUAUCAUCUCGCGCUCGUCCCUCGUCCAGAAUUCGUAAACCGCAGCAACGGCAGCCUACCUUGAGUACAAGGAGUCACAGAACAGUUGUCACAAGAAGACCAACUACAACAUCCAGCACUACCACGACAACUACGACCACUACCACACCUACGACUACUACUACACCGACCACUACUACUACUACUACUACUACUACACCUACAACUACCACUACUACACCUAUAACUACCACGACUACACCUAUAACUACCACUACUACACUUGCAACUACCACUACUACGCCGACCACCACCACUACUACUCCUACUACUACGACUACUACGACAACACCCAAACCGACAACUACCACUUCUACCACGACAACCACCACUACCACUACGACACCCACGACCACCACCACUCCCAAACCAACGACUGCUGCACCUACCACAACAACUACCACUGCAGCACCCAGUACCACGACGACGACACCCAAAACGACUACGGAGAAAACCACUACAACGAGCACUACGAGCACUACAACAACCACUACUCCGAAGCCGACCACUACCACUGCUACGACCACUACAUUGAAAACGACGACAAACGUGAUGGAAGUGAUCAAAAUGAGCAAGACGGAGCUACUGCUUGCCGAAUUGAAAAGUAGACUGCGUAAUUUAGGGCACGACGAGCCUGAGCAUCCUCUGAAAGGUUUGGAGGAGUUGUUUAUGGGGAGAAAGCCUAUGACAACCACCACGACUACCACCACUACUACUCCCACUACUACCACUACUACUACUACUACACCAAAGCCUACGACUACCACAAUGACCACAACAACAACUAAAUCGCCCGAUUUGAUAGAGGUAGAUAGAGAAGCUAAGAAGCCUAGUGAUAUGAUGACAUCGGGAGAGAUUAGUGCAAGAAAAUCGAAGAAAACACAAAAGGAAACAACUACAAAGGAGAGUGCCAAAGUGACAACGCUUGACUCAAAACCAAAAGCUGCGGAUUUGGAAGUUAAACCCUUGAAAUCAAACAAAGAAGUUGAUGGAAAUGUAAUUGAAGCUUUCCCACCUGAGGAGGAGAAGAGACAGCCGCUGACACAAGAUGAGCCAGCUCAAAGGAAUCUAGAGCUAAACAAAGCCAAUGAUGAUGAAAUAUUCGCUGAAAAAAACCCCAAUGGCAAAAAAUUGGGAUUGUCAUGGUCGAGCGAAAAGGAGACGAUUGAGAUCUUGAAACGAAAACUCGAACAGUUAGAAAAGCGACUCACUCAGAAAUUCGAAGGAACAGGAGCAGUUGCCAAAAAAUCCGAGAAGAAUGACGACUUGGUGGCCAGUGACGACGAUGUAGCUCAUAUACGUAGUCAAUCACGACUGGAUUCUCGACGUCGCAGCUCAAACCUUGAUUUGGGAGAAGAUGCUAUACUGAGAAGUAUUGAUGAUAUAGAGAAGGUACUGGAUGUAGUAUCUGUGCCUUCGAAGGAAGCACUAUCCAAGCUGAAAACACAUAAAAAGAAAGGUGACGAUGUGGAAGGUUCUGGAGAUGGAACAGCUGAAGAAGAGCCUGUCAUAAUACCUUCUACGACUUCCUCAUAUACGUCAGCAGAGCUGCUUACUUCUGAGGCGGAAUCUACGACACCUAGUACCAGCUGGUGUAGAGAUAAACACAAACUAUGCCCUAUAUGGAAAACGGGACAUCUCUGCCAAAGCAGCCCAAUGUUUAUGUACAGAUUUUGUAGGCAAUCAUGUGGAUUGUGUGUUGAACGAGUGUAGACUAUAGUCAGUAGUUUGCUUUAUUUGUUAUUUGCCAAUAUUAUGUGCUCAUAUUGUUAUUUAAUAAACUUGUA